GCGUUGUAGAGAGUUUCUCUGUAGUAAAUGCGGAGAAUCCAUAUUAGAGGCAGAAAGAGGACAACUUCCAUGCAUGUUAUUUUCAAUUCCUCUAGAUCCAGACUUAGGCAUGACUUUAGCAACUUAAAAUGAUCAUGAGGAUGCUCUUUUGAGUUCUACUUCAGUUCUAUUUUUUUCAAUUCUCUUACAACAAUCUAAAUGAGAAGCAUGUCUAACACCAGACUGAGCACGUGGAGAAAAAUUGCAUUCAUCGCGGCAUUCUUUUUCAUCGGCUUCAUUGAGAUGGGAGUCGUCAAGAGUUUUGGCGUGAUCAUCGCCGAGAUCGUCUUCCAAAUGAAUUCUGACCUCUGGACGGUUGGAUUUAUAUUUGGGGCUUACAACGGCCUAACAUAUCUACUUGGACCUUUUAUCUUACCGACGAUAAAGUACCUGAGUUUGAAACAAUCGUCUGCAAUUGGUAUCAUUGGUGGACUGUGUCUUGCGGCUUCUUCUUUUACAUCAAAUAUAGCCCAGCUGGCCACCUGUUUUGUAAUCUCAGGUGUUUCAUUUUCAUUCGUUCUUGCCGUGGCUCUUAUUCAGUUCAACACUUUUAUUUCGCCUGAGGACUUCGCGUUAUAUUUUGGAAUUACAGAUACGGGAGCUCCAAUAGGAAUGAUCCUUUUACCUAUCCUGGCAGAAUUUUUAAAAGAGACGUAUGGGUGGAGAGGCUGCAUGCUCCUCCUUGGUGGAAUCUUUCUCUACGCACCGGCAUCACUGUUGGUGAUGGCAGGCAGAAGAGAAGAUCUAGGAGAUACCUCUGAAAGGCUGCAUGUUGACGAAAGAGACAACAAUUCAAAUGGUGGGAAUGAUGUGAAUCUGCAGGCCGAGCAAGGUUCAAGUAUUGAUCUACUAGAAGGUCCAAGUUAUCAAGAAAUGGAGGACCAAGUAUCGGGCUCCCAGCAGGCAAAGAAAGCUCAAAGUCAGGAUGUCGUCAGCGCAAUAAGACACGUAUGGCGAUUCGUUUCUGAUUUCUUUGGCCUUUCCCUAUUCACAGAAGUAUCAAGUUUAUUCACAUUUUGCCUGUUUCAGCUUUCCGGCGGACUGAUAAUUACCGCAUGGGUAGUUUUCUUGAUACCACAUGGAGUUGCAAAGGGGUUUCCCCUAUCACGAGCUGUUUUUCUGGCAUCCAUAGGAGGAAUAGGAAACAUUCUUGGUAGGUUAGGCCAGGGUCCGAUCAUCUACCAUAAAUGGCUAUCAUCUUCGAGCCUCACUUUCAUCUGUGCUUUCAUUAACGCGUGUGUACUCUUAAUAGAUCCAUUAAUAGAUAGCUAUCCCGUUUUAGCAGCCGCCACGUUUGUCAACGGCUUCACUCUCGGUGCAAGGACAACAGUACUUGUUGUCCUGACUAAAGAAAUCCUUCCUGUUGAUAAUUUUGCGACUGGAUAUGGUUUAGUAGCUUUGUUCUACGGCUUAGGGCAACCCUUAGGAGGAUUGUUAGCAGGUUGGCUUUCAGGAACCUUCUCCUACAGCAUCGCUUUCAUGUUCCUUGGUGGAUUGGAAAUUAUGGGCACUAUCUUCUUGCUACCCACUCGAUACGCGCUGAAGCAAAGAAGUGAUCGUGAGGAAUUAUAACCAAAGUUUUGAUGGUGAACGAACACAGUUUUUUUAAUAAUGAGUGUAAAGUAAACGAAGAUAUAUGUUUUGUGAAGAGAAGUGGGAAUAACAAGGAUUCCUAAAAGAUAGCACUGUCACAGGGUAGAUUUGUGGCUACCUUGUGGCUGGGAUCUUUUAAUUGCAAUUUAAAGAGAAAUGCCAGUAGUUGCAGUAAACACUGAUUUCAUGAGAAAGUCUGUAAAACCAGACUUAAUUGUCAGUAUAUCAUCGAUGAUCUAGAUGUGGUACAGUUAUAUACAUUGUGUAAACUGAACUUUGUGAAAUCUUGAAAUCUACGCUGAAAAAUGUUCACACUGAAGAUCACCAACACAGAUAGGC